AUGCGUGAGGAAAACAUAACUAAUCUUCCUCAUAAUGAGUCGAGACAAAGUCAAAACUAUUCCCCAAGACACGAAGACUAUGAAGAUGACUGGUCACCUCGUUUCGUCGCGAAAUACGACCUCCCUGGUAUGUUCAUGGCCUUCGUCAUUGUCCUUAUCAAUUCACUUGUGUUCAUCCUUGUAACCAAGAAGCGCUCUCUCAGAACCCCAACGAACUUUUUCCUCAUCGGAUUAGCAGCCAGUGAUCUUCUCAACGGGUUCAUCACUUUGCCAUUGAGCAUUACGUGCAACAUUUUUCAAGAGCAUGGCCCGUGUUUUGCUUCAGUUUACAUCUGGAUGUUCACGUCAUUUCUGACCCUCUCGCACAUUUUAGCGGUGACUGCCGAUCGCUUUAUAGCGAUCAUGUGUUCUUUGCGCUAUCCGCUGAUCAUGACCAAGCGACGAAGCUACAUCGCCUUGGCCUUCAUCUGGCUCAGUUCACUGUUCGUCUCUCUGAUGCAGUUAUGGUGGCUCAGGCCACAAAGUUAUGAUCCCCAGGGGGAAGACCAACCGGAAGAGCAAAAAAAGGAGAAAGCUUUUUUCACUGCGUGUGUUGUGUUGUAUCUCGUCAUGCCAGUUCUUUUCAUGGCUGUCGCCUAUUUAAUCAUUUUGCGUGAAGUGCGUCGACAAAUUCGCCGAGAGUAUCAAAACAUUCCUGCGGCAGCGGCCUCAAUAGAGUCAGAACAGCGACUAUGGAGGCAGCGCAAUGGCAAAGCCGCUUUUAUCUUUCUUGUGAUGUUUUUCACCCAUGUUGCAUGCUGGUUGCCUUUCUUCCUCAUAAAAUUCCAAGAAAUUUUUAAUUCUUUUUAUCUACCCGUGUGGACCCAGUACUUAUUCGGAUAUCUUCGGUUCGCGUCCUCGAUCCUUAACCCUUGUUUGUACAUCUUCGGCAAGCACGACUUUCGGAAAGCAUGGGAAAUGCCUGGCACGUUAAGCCGAGAGAGAAACUUGGUCAUAAUGAUGAACAGUCAGGUUUAG